UCUCUCUCUCCCCUGCCCCCCCAGCAUGGCAGCCACGGUGUUUGUGCAGCCCCUGGACCUGGUGAAGAACCGCAUGCAGCUGAGCGGCGAGGGGGCCAAGACGAAAGAGUACAAGACGAGCUUCCACGCCGUGGGCAGCAUCCUCCGCAAGGAGGGCGUGCGGGGCAUCUAUACUGGGCUCUCUGCUGGCCUCCUGCGCCAGGCCACGUACACCACCACCCGCUUGGGCAUCUACACUAUCCUCUUCGAGAAGCUCACGGGCGAGGACGGGCGGCCCCCCAACUUCUUCGUCAAGGCCCUGAUCGGAAUGACGGCGGGGGCUGUCGGGGCCUUCGUGGGCACGCCGGCUGAGGUGGCGCUCAUCCGGAUGACGGCCGACGGCAGGCUUCCCCCGGACCAAAGGAGAGGAUACACGAACGUCUUCAACGCGCUGCUGAGGAUCACCCGCGAGGAGGGGGUGCCCACGCUCUGGAGAGGGUGUGUGCCCACCAUGGCUCGGGCAGUGGUGGUCAACGCAGCCCAGCUGGCUUCUUACUCCCAGUCCAAGCAGUUCUUACUGGACUCUGGCUACUUCCGAGACAACAUCUUCUGCCACUUCUGCGCCAGCAUGAUCAGCGGGUUGGUGACGACGGCUGCCUCCAUGCCCGUGGACAUCGCCAAGACCAGGCAAGGCUGCGGGACAGGGACUCCCGGGCCCAGAAGCAGACGUGGGCCCUGGCAGGAGGGGGACGUGCUGAUGAAGGUGGUCCGCUACGAGGGUUUCUUCAGCCUGUGGAAAGGCUUCACCCCCUACUACGCCCGCCUGGGCCCCCACACGGUCCUCACCUUCAUCUUCUUGGAGCAGAUGAACAAGUUCUACCGGAAGUUCUUCCUCAGUGCCUGAGGGCAGCAGGAUCCGGGGCCUGCGGGGUGCAAGGAGGCGAGUGCGGGGCCAGGAGCACCCCCCCACCCCACCCCCCCAGCGGUCCUGCCUCCCUCUGUGUCUGUCGUGGCUUCUUGCAUCUAAGCCAAUCAUGAAGAGAGAACUGGGGGGGGGACAAGUUAAUUUAUUUUCAGAGGGAGGGGGGCCCAGCUGCUUCUGUGGGGCAUCUGCCGCCAUCUCCCGCUGAACGGCCUCUGCCCGGGGGGGGGGCCCUGGGCUGGCUGCUGGCCACCCCCCACCCCCACCCCCACUUGGCUUUGAACUUAGUAAAACCAAUCAUGGUCUUAGU